UGCUCUCUGUCCCUCCCUUUCUCUCUUUCUUUGAUCUUUGAGUAGUCUCGCUAAAUCUCACCGGAGGCAAGCCAAAUGGAGCGGAAUUCAGCUGCGGUUCACUCCCAAAUGACGCCGUCGAUGUUCGGGUCGUCGUGGCACGGUGAUCACAUGAAGCGAAGCCCGCCGCAGUUGGAAAUCGACGAGUGGAUCAACCAUGGGGUCGCAGCUGAUAACCAAGGCGAGUUUCGGGCGGACCGGAGUUUCGCCGAAACGGACGGCUUUUUCGGCGACGUUUGCUCCGGUGACCUCAGCUUCGCUUUCAAGAACCGGGACAUGAUGAAUGGCUUUUCAAGCAGUGGACUGACUGAAACCCUACUAAGCCCUCAGAAACUCACCCCCAAGAAUUCCAGCCUCUCAGCAACCAUGGAUUCCCAGUCUUCGAUAUGUGUUGGAACUCCCACAUCGGCCGCUAACCCAAUUGGUAGAGAUAACCAAGCAAGAGGAGCCACCAGUGGUUCCUCUGGAGAUCAAUCAGAUGAGGAUGAUUUUGAGAUAGAAGCCGGCCCAUGUGGAGACAGUACAAACCCUCUUGAUAUUAAACGUAUCAGAAGGAUGGUCUCGAACAGGGAGUCUGCUAGGCGAUCAAGAAGAAGAAAGCAACAACAUUUGCAAGAACUUGAGGGGCAGGUUGAUAUACUGAGAGGAGAAAAUUCAACCUUAUUCAUGCAGCUUACAGAUGCUUCUCAACAGUACCGUGAUGCUGAUACAAACAAUAGAGUGCUGAAAUCAGAUGUGGAAGCUUUGAGAGCUAAGGUGAAGCUAGCUGAAGAUAUGGUUACUCGCGGCUCUUUAACCUCUAGCCUUAACCAACUUCUUCAAGGUCAUUUAACCACACCACAACCACUUAAUCCUCAUACUAAUUUGCGCGGUGUAGCACACGUGUCGCCAACCAUUACCAUUCAUGGAGAGGAUACCUCAUAUGGUGGAAUAGCAAUCUCUGGUCAGAACUCGGGCGUUGGACUCGGAAAUGUUGCUGGUAUGACUAAUAGCAAUAUGAGUACCAGGAUCAUGAGUGAUUCUGUAAGCUGUGUGUCGACUGAUAUGUGGUAAUGAACUACUAAAAAGAUUGUAGUGCCUCCUGUGUAAUCUAUUAAUUAGAUCCAGUGUGUCUUGUAUGCUUUAGGUCGACGCGAUUUCUGUAGAGUAAUUUCAGAAAUGUCCUUUUUUUCUCUCCUCUUUUGAGGUUUUCUAGCCUGUAAAAGACUCAUGUCUGAUGUCUCCUGUAAAAUGUAGUAUUUAAGUGAAGGAAGGUUUCUCUGUGUGUUUCUGCUUAUA